CUGCUUCCUCUCUCUCCUCUCUGUCUUUCCCCGCUUUAACAUCCAGGUAAAAGCUUCUCUCACUUCCAUCUCCUUCCGGACCGGAUCCCUCCGUGCAGCUGCUGCAGAGAGGCGGAUGAUGCAGCGAUAAGGACCGCAGCAUCCUCUCCGUUGUGCCGCACUCAGCCAGGCAGCUGUUGCUCAAUGAUAGAGGGGGAGAGCGGAGGGCAACGCACAGGCCGAACCAUGCCGCUGAUUAUCAAACGGUAACCCGCUUCCUCAACCUCUGCGGGUCCAUUGGAUGCGACUAGACCAAACCCCUCCCAAGGGUUUUCUGUCCUUUUUUUUUUUUUUUUUUUUGUCGGUGCGGGGAGAGGUGUGCCAAUGGAGAAGAGCACUCCGCAGCCGCAGCCCCAGCUCCAGCUGUCCAUAGCGAAGAGUGAAAGUCCUGCCGAGGACAUCUCCGGUCUGACGGACGAGGAGCUGCUGAGGUGGACCAAAGAGGAGCUGGUGCGCCGGCUGAGGCGCUCUGAGGCCGAUAAGAUGAGCGUGAUCCUAGACCACGGGAAUCUCAUCCGAGAGGUCAACCGCAGCCUCCAGCUGCACCUGAACGAGAUCAGGGGGCUGAAGGAUAUCAAUCAGAAGUUGCAGGAGGACAAUCGAGAGCUGCGGGAUCUUUGCUGUUUCUUAGAUGAUGACCGUCAGAAAGGAAAGCGCGUGUCGAGGGAGUGGCAGCGUCUCGGACGGUACAGCGCCAGCAUCAUGCGCAAGGAGGUGACUCUUUACCUGCAGAAGCUCAAGGAGCUGGAGCAGAGGCAAGAGGAGGUGGUCCGAGAGAACCUGGAGCUGAAGGAGCUCUGUCUGUUGCUGGAUGAUGAAAAGGGGGUUUCGGGUGGAGGAGGGGAUGUUAUGGGGGGAGGGGGAGGUGGAGGGGGGGGGGGUGUGGGUAUGGGAGGAUCCCGCAACUCAAUAGACAGCCAGAACAGCUUGUUGCUGGUGCCAGGGCAGGGGCUACUCAUGAGAGAUGUGGGCGAUGGGAGCAGCACCUCGAGUGCAGGGAGCGCUGACAGCUCAGACCACCCUCACCAUAAACAGACUCACCUUUCUGCAGGAGUGGGCAAUGUUGGAGGUGGUGGAGAAAAAAAUAGCCCUGAGCUUUUGCACAAACCCAGGUGCAGCAGUAUCAGCGGAAUGGGUGGACCAGACAGGGAAGUGUCCAGCCCCGAGAUCCCAUCCGGGCGCCACCGGAGCACAAGCCUAGAGUAUCCUUACACUCUGCCCCAGCCCUGCCGGCCGCGCUGUGGCUCCAUAUCUAUCCCUGACCACAGCCGGCUAAUGCGAGGCCUGAGCCCAGAAAAAUAUGGGCGUAACAUAGGCCACCGCAGCCCAGAGCAGCACCCCAAGCACCACAGCUCGGAUCUUCUUCUGGGCCAAAGGCAGCACUAUCAGGGCCAAGGGGGCAGCACGGAGCUCUAUCAGAAGUACAAGCGGAGCAGUAUUAGCACCACUGGUUGCGGGAGUCCCGAACCCCGGCAUGCACAUUUGGGGGUCGGUGAGCACCACGAAAAAGGCUGCAUGGUCCACGGCGGCAGCCCUGAAACUCACAGGCACCAGUACAGCGCUAGCCCGGACCACGUGAAGUUCAGCAGUCCAUUGAGAGAGGGGCAGAGGAGGCAAGCUGGUGAUGAGCUGUCACCACACCAUCGGAGCAUCUACAAUGGCAUGAACGGUAGCUUUGAUAUCAGCAGGCUGCUGCACCAACAACUGCAGAAAUGUCAAGCUAUGGGACAGCUUUGAUGCCUCCUCUUGACAACUUGACCAACCAUGCCUCUCCAAAGAAAGAGGGGUGGUAGUGAGGGAACCCUCCCACGACUCUGGACCUGACAGAUUUCAGGGCCUCUGGAAGCCACCCUCCAUGGCUCCGGACCGUCUGUAGUCCAAGAACUCUUCCAUGUGCACAGCCCUUAAAACAGCCUGCCUCCAUGUUUUGAUUUCUACAUAUCAAGAGUUUGAGCGGAUGUGGAAUGGGGUUUUAUAUUUUAGUUGUUUUUGAAGAGAAUGGUAAUAACGAUUUGGAAGACUCAUGAGGACUGCCAUGUUAAAUGGUUCAGAGAGGAUAUCUCUAAUUGCCAGCUGCGCUAUCGCUAACUCCUGGAGAGAACACAGUGAGUGCGGAUGGGGAUUGGUAAGAAGAUUAGGGACAUUGCACUGUUUGUGCUGCUAACCUCUGUUUACAAAUGUAGUUCAUAAUCAAAAAAGCUAAGAAAAUGUUUAAUUUAUUGUGGUAACUUUUUCGCACACUCUUUGCUAUCUUCCUUCCCCCCACUCUCUCCGUCCUCUCCUUAAUCUUUUGCAAUUUAUUACCUUCAAUGGGUGUAAUGAGACUGCUGUAAUCUAAUGUUCUAUCUCAGUCUCCAAAUCCAAAUGAUCACAUAGCUGCUAUCAUUCCUCCUAUAAACAUCUGGCUAUUUGAAUUCAAUGUAAAAAGAUUUGUUUUUCUCAAAGAUAAUCUUGCAAGUAAAAAAACAAGAACUCUUCCUGUGUCUUAAACCAAGAUGGUCGACAUAAAUAGCUGCUCCAGGUGUCCUUGCUCUACAAAAUGCAAUGAUCAGGUGUCAUUUUUCGUUUUUGUAUUAUCUUAUGCUCCCUUAAAGCGCCUAUAUUGAAGAUGGGUAGAAGGUGAUACAUUGUCCAUAUAGUUUUUUUUUUUGUUUGUUUGUUUUAUAAGAGAGUGAUGUUCAAGUAAAAAGUAGAUUAUUGGAUUAGUUUUCUAUAUAUCUCUAUAUACAAAUAUAUUAUGAUUAUUAUUUUUGACUUACUUGUAU